AUGUCCUGGCUCAAGUUACACAACCCUACUAUAGACUGGCCUAAUAAGCGUAUUACUUUUAAUUCUCAAUAUUGUAACAACACUUGUCUUUCUGUUUCUAAUUCUAUCCUGGGAAAUGUCGGUGGGACUCCUAACCACCUUGAAGGCAUACCAGAAGACUUAGGAGGUGUUGAGGUAAUUGAACCUCUUGAAGGCAUCCCUAGGGAAACUGGAGGUACUGUGGAUUCUCCACUUGAAAGUAUCCCAGUAGAACUGCGCAAUUUUGCAGAGGUAUUUUCUGAGGACAUGAAGGUGACGGAACUGCCUCCGCACCGUCCUUUUGAUUUAGGGAUUGAUUUAAUUGAUCCUGAUAAACCUGUUAAGGCUAUGGUAUACCCCUUGAAGGCAUCUGAUGAUGAGGAACUUAGAAAACUCCUUAAAGAACAAUUGGACAAAGGAUUGAUUCGCCCAUCCAAGUCCAAAUAUGGUUCCCCAGUUCACUUUGUCAACAAGAAAAAUGGGAAAAGGCGGGACCUGGGACCCUUCCUUCCGUCAGCCGCCCCUGUCGAGCUUGGGGAAGUAUCCCUUGAGCGCGUCACACGCCUCCUCCUUGGCCUCCUCGGCCAAGUCAAACGCCUUGAACGGGAAGUCGGGGAAAUCAAAGAAGCAGGGAUCAAGACCCGCACCAACGUUGAAAAUAUAUCCCAAGCCGUUGAUGUUGUCAAGGAUGGGCUUAGAAGCCUCCAGCUCCACGGGCCCCGGACCCCAGAGGAUACCAAGCCCCCGGUUGUGGAAGCAACGCCACGCCCCCUAUCAAAAGUCAACCCUAUUGGAUCGACUAGUCGGGUCUCAUUCUGGCCCAAACCAUCCAAAGGGCUCCCCAUCUUCGCCCAACCCACUCCCGUACAAGCAGUGCCCCCGCAAGUCCCAUCUCCCCCUCCAUCUCCGCUUCUCCGAUCCCCAAUUGAAACAGCUGCCCCUCCACCUCCGGCUCCAGUCGCCGCCUAUCCCGCUCUGGUCAAGGUUGACCACCCCAACGCCUACACAGGCAAAAUAGGGAGCAAGGCCAAACAGUGGUUGACUAGGAUGUUGGCCUGGACCCGUCUCAAUGCACGGAUGUUCCCCACCGAUCAGGAGGUAUUAUCCUUCCUCCUGAUGAAUAUGAAGGACUCCGCCGGGGCCUGGGCCCAUCCGCACCUUGACCAGCUUGGAUCACACCGGGCCAUUAUCCAAACAAUUGAAGGUUUCAAGUCGGAAUUCUUGGCAGCGUUUGGCAACCCUGACGCCACAAGGGCCGCAGAGCGGAAAAUCACCACCCUCACCCAGUCCGCUACUUGCGCGGACUAUAUCACGAAGUUCAGGACCUUGGCCAUGGAACUGGACUGGAACGACGCGGCCCUACGAGGCCAGUUUGCCCGUGGCCUCCAUUGGGAGGUCAGCCGUCAAAUUGCAACCCGCAAACACCGCCCCCGUACCCUCUUAGAGCUGCAAAAUGCAGCACUUGUUAUCAAUAACGCCCUCCGUGAGGAGCGUGCUAGCCAUCCGCCAAAGGAGAAUAAGCCUAGCAGAACAUCUAACCCUGCAAGGGGGACGAGUACCGGCCAGCCCAGCACCGGCUCUAAGAAACUCUCUGACGACCCCAACUUUGUGUCAGAAGAGGAGCGAAACCGCUGCCGCGCCGCCGGCGCCUGCAUCAAGUGCGGUAAAAUGGGUCACAAGUUUGCGGAAUGCCGCACAGGCUGGAAGGCUAACCCUAUUGAAGACAAAGGGAAAGCCAAGGAAACCGCCAAAGUUGGCGAGGACUCUGAGUACCAAUUGGGAAAAGAAAGCUCAAAUAAAAUCUCACCCCUCUUCACAAUUUCAAUCACACCAGAAAGAAAAGCGGAACAAUUAGAAGUCCUGAUUGAUUCAGGCGCCACCUCCUCCUUCAUGCACCCACAUACCGCGGAAUCACUCCGCCUCCCACUCAUAGACCUUCCCCUACCCCGUACCGUCACUAUGCUCGAUGGGUUGAGCCCCCAGGCUGGAAAAAUCUGGAAGAAGGCUAACCUAACCUUCUCCUUUGAUGGCAAACGUAUGACUGAGACCUUCCUCAUUUGUAACACAGGGUCUCAUGCUGCUAUCUUGGGAUUGAAAUGGUUGGAUGCCCACAACCCGGAGAUUGAUUGGAACAUGCGCACCCUUACCUUCCCUCAUGCAACCCCCGAACAUGUGGCCAUUGCCAAGGAAGAAGAAGCAGAUAAGAAUCCCCUUGAAGGAGUACCCUCCGAGUACCAUCACUACGCCAAGGUAUUUGGAGAAGAAGAAUUCAACAAGCUUCCUCCACACCAGCAUUACAAUAUUGGAAUAGAACUCACAGAAGAAGGCCCCCUCAACUCUCCCCUUUACAGUAUGACAGACGCCAAGUCCGCCACACUCAAGGACUGGCUCAGGGAGGAGUUGAAAGCGGGGAAGAUCCGUCCUAGUAAAUCUUCCAUCAGUUCCCCCGUGAUGUUUGUUCCCAAGAAGGAUGGUUCCCGUUGCUUGGUUGUUGACUACCGUUGCCUUAACAAUUGCACCAAGAAAAACGUUUACCCGCUCCCCCAACCAGAUGAUCUUAUGGCCCAGCUCCGUGGCGCCAAGAUCUUCACCAAACUAGACCUACGGUGGGGUUACAACAACGUGCAAGUUAAAGAAGGUGAUGAAUGGAAGACCGCAUUCCAAACCAAGUACGGCCUCUACAAAUCCCUGGUAAUGACUUUUGGUUUAACAAACGCCCCUGCCGCCUUUCAGCACUUCAUGAAUGAGUUGUUCAGAGACUUACUGGAUGUAUGCGUCAUCAUAUACCUAGAUGACAUCCUGAUUUACUCAAAAGAUGACGCAUCCCACACUCAACACGUCCAUGAGGUCCUACGACGUUUACUAGAAAACCAACUGUUUUGCAAAGCUUUGAAAUGCACGUUCCAUGUUACCUCUGUGGAGUACUUAGGGAUUAUUGUGUCGGAUAAGGGUUUUAGUUUGGAUAAACUCAAGAUCCAAGCAGUCCAGGAAUGGCCCACGCCCACCAAGGUUAAGGAAAUACAAUCCUUCCUUGGAUUUGCCAACUUCUUACGUCAAUUUGUUGCCAACUUCAGUCACAUGGCCAGACCACUGCACAACCUGGUUAAGAAAGACACGGCGUGGAAGUGGGGUACCAAGGAACAGGAAGCAUUUCAGGGACUGAAAGACGCAAUCACUAACGCCCCAGUACUGUGCCAUGCAGACCCUGCCAAGCCUUACUUCCUUGAGACAGACGCAUCCGGUGCGGCCCUAGGUUCCAUACUCAGUCAACGCCAGACAGACGGCCGCCUCCAUCCACUUGGUUUCCUGUCCAAAUCAUUCAAGGGGGCCAAGCAGAACUAUGAUACGCACAACAAGGAACUCUUAGCAAUCAUCCGCUCCUUUGAGUACUGGCAAAUCUUUCUAGAAGGAACCUUACACCCCGUCACUGUCUUCACCAAUCACCGUAACCUAGAGUAUUGGAAAGAGUCUAGAACGUUUAACCGCCGCCACGCGCGCUGGCACCUCCUACUCGCAGGUUACAACUUCCAGAUCGUGUACCAACCGGGUAAACAAUCCGGGAAACCAGACACCCUCUCCCGCCGAUCAGAUCACGCCGACGUCCCACCAGAACCACAAUCCAUGCUACCCAAGCCCGUCUUUGCCAAUGUUGCAUUAGUCUUACCAGAAAAGGAAUUACAAAAGCGCAUAGAGUCAAGUCUAGACCAAGAUGAGUCCCUAGAAGAGAUCCUCCAGUUCCUGCAAAACGAGUCUAGGGCACCACCUUCCAUCAAAAAAGCAUUCAAAGAUUACGAGAUGGAAGCUGGACUACUUUUUUACCAAGGACAAAUUGUGGUCCCUGAUGUCGGAACACUAAGGACGGACUUACUCCACAUCUUCCACAACAGCCCACUGGCAGGACACCCGGGAAGGCAACGCACCCUAGAAUUGGUAUCAAGGAACUACUAUUGGCCCGGCAUUUGUAGUGACACAUACUGGCACGUGGAUUCCUGCAAGACAUGUCAACGGAUCAGGAAGCCCAAGUACGCGUCUAUUCCACCUCAACCCCUGGAACUCCCUGUUAGACCAUGGCAGCAUGUAUCCUACAACAUGAUAGUAGACCUUCCUAGAGAUGGAAACUGUGACUCAAUCCUAGUAAUUGUUGACAGCUUCACCAAGUACGGGAUAUUUGUAAAAUGCUCCAAAAAACUCAAGGCACCCAAGUUAGCAGAACUAUUCCUGGAGAACGUAUGGAAACGACAUGGCAUGCCAGAGAAAACUGUAUCCGACAGAGGAAGAGUUUUUAACAACAAGUUCUUACAGGCCCUAUACAAACGCCUGGGCAUUGAUCCACACUUCUCCUCAGCGUACCACCCACAGAGCGACAGACAGACAGAGCGAGUCAACCCCUCCAUUGAACACUUCCUCAGGGCGUACUCAGGGGUCAAUCAAAGGGACUGGACCAAAUGGCUUCCAAUGGCGGAGUUUGCAUACAACAACGCGGUACAUAGCAGCACAGGCAAAACCCCUUUCAAAGCCCUGUACGGCUGGGAACCUACCUUAACUCCGUCAAACAUACCAACAGAUGUCCCGGAGGCAGACGACCUUGCCCAAACAAUGGAGGCACAAUGGAAAGAGGUGGAAUCAGCGCUCCAACAGUCCAAACAACGGAUGACAGCCGGAGGGGAAGGAAGCCCAGCGGAAUUUGAGAUUGGAGAAGAAGCCUGGUUAGACGCCAAGAAUGUUAACCUUAAAACACUAAGUCCCAAACUAACGGAACAACAUCUGGGACCCUUCAAGGUUAUUGAGAAAAUCUCCGACCAAGCUUAUUGCUUAGAACUCCCCCCAACUAUGCGGAUCCACAACGUCUUCUAUGUGGGACUCUUAUCUAAGGUCAAGAGGGAUAAGAAGCGCACCUUUGAAAGUUGUCCCCCACCAGUCACCGUGGACAGAGAAGAGGAAUAUGAGGUGGAGGGAAUCACUGACGCCAAAGAAAGGAACGGAAAAUGGUUCUUCCAAGUCAAAUGGAAAGGAUACGGGUCUGAAGAGAACACAUGGGAGCCCCAAGAAAACUUGAAAAACGCCGAAAAAAUUUUAGAAAAAUACAAAAAAGAAAUGAGAAAGAAGGCCCUUGGCGCUGCCAAGGCCCUUAGAGGGGGGGCAGUGUCAUAG